ACACUCAACAAUAAUAUUGUUACAAUAAUGUUUUUAACGAUUUACCAUUUUAAUCAAUUAAGUGAAUUUCUUGGUUUCAUGGAUUCGAUGAGCUUAAUUACUGUUUUAACUCUGCCAGUAAAUUAAGUUUGCAAUUUUAGCUGAUCAUGGAUUAGAUUCAAAGUAUUUUAUCAAUAGUUUAACUGUGAUAAUGUUUAAUUGUUAUUCUAAAUUAAUCUCUGUUAAUUAUUACCUGGCAUCGAAUGUCGUUCCCUUACAAAGGCUUUUGUUUAGCAGUUUAAUUGGUUCAUUUGAUCCUGAUUAUCAUCCCAAUUUCGUACCUGAACAUGAACCGGUUGAAAGUGAUGAUGUUAAAAGAGUAACUGAAUUCAUGAGGGAAAAUUCAAGUAUCAUGGUGAUAACUGGAGCUGGAAUAUCAACAGAAAGUGGUGUUCCUGAUUAUCGAUCGGCAAAGGUUGGACUUUAUGCUCGAUCCAAUCAUAAACCGAUUCAAUAUCAGGAAUUUAUUACUGAUCAAUCGGUUCGUCGUCGAUAUUGGGCCAGAAAUUAUAUUGGUUUUGAUAACUUUUCUCGUAUCCGUCCAAAUGCUGGUCAUUUAUUGUUAUCCAAAUGGGAGAGACAAAAUCGUAUCCAUUGGAUUGUCACUCAAAAUGUUGAUCAACUUCACCAAAAAUCUGGUUCAUUAAGAGUAACUGAACUUCAUGGUUCGGGAUUUACGGUCAAAUGUUUAAACAGUCGAACGUCAAAUUGUGACUUUCAAAUUAGUCGACAUAUUUUUCAAGAGAUUCUACACCAAUAUAAUCCACAAUUAGUUGACCUAAAGAUCGACGAUCUUCGAACCGUAAGACCUGAUGGAGAUGUUGAUUUAGAUGAACAAUUCGAGAAGAAUUUUAAAAUUCCUUGUUGUCCAAAUUGUUCUGGAAUUCUUAAACCUGAUAUCAUCUUUUUCGGUGACACUGUACCUAAGGAUCGUGUUGAAUAUAUUUAUCGUAAAUUGGACAUUUCCGAUUCUCUAUUAGUUAUUGGUUCAUCUCUUCAAGUUUACUCUGCUUAUCGUUACUUAAUCGCUGCAAGUGAGCGAUCACUUCCAAUCAUGUUGAUCAAUAUUGGAACAUCAAGAGCUGAUAAAUUACCGAAUGUAACAAUCAUCAAAAGACGAGCAGGUCAAUUAUUACCUUUAGUUGAUUUGAAAAUAAAUUGAUAUUAUUCACGAACAAAUUGAGAUGAAUAAUUAAAUUUUGUUGACAAAAUUUUAA